CCCUCUACAGACGGGGGGUUGGGUAGCAUUGCGGAUUGGUUACUGCUCACCAACACACAGCCUGGGCUUGUUUUAACAUAACCAGGGGCACAUCGACAAGCAGGCAAAAAUAAUAAUAAUAACCAUGUAGUAAAUAAACUGCUGUGGCUGUUACAGGACCGGUUGUGGCUCACUGAAGACGUUGCGGCGUAAUGGAGCAGUCGGCUGUUAUUUUUUAUUUAAGGUGACAUUUUUUUAAGAGGGCCGACGCUGAUGAAGCGAGAAUGAGAGCCGUGCCUUGGCCUACUACUAGUGCUGCUGCAGCUGGGAUUGUGGAGAUCUGCUUUCACAAACCGAGAGAAACACUCGCCUGGUGCCACAUUAUCAAAGAGCAGCUGCUGGCUUCGCGAUGACCGACCUCCAAACGGAUGUAGGCAUGACAACAUGAAGCAGUCAUACAGACCGGGUCUUAGGGUAGGCUCAGUGUUUGGCUCAGGCCCGCCAGAGCUGAGGCCCCACAAUGGCCCUGUGAGCACUUCCUAUGGAAACCAAUGUGGCAUUGUGAAGCGAGGAUCAGACCAGUCAUCAACUGUGCAGCUGCCAUCCUCCAGCCUCAAACAACCCGCUUUACUAGGGUACAAUCAGACUAACCGAUCUAAAAGCUACAGUUCUUUGAGGAGGCCCUACGACCUGAACACUGCGAUCAACAAACCUGACCCAGAAAGGGACCUUCAUCCUCGGAACAACUUGCUCUGUGCAAGCCCAAUUAGCGACGACGACGAUGAUGAGUUUGAGGCGCCAACUGUCCAGUUGCCUCCUUCUCCCGGCAACAGUGACAUGGAGCCUGUUGGGACUCUGCCGGACAUGAGCAGAAAUGGUUUCUUCCUACACAGUCCUGACAGCUUCGAGCGCUGUUCCCCCAUUCCAAACGGAUGCCUGCAUUUUGAGUCCACACUAUUCGACAGCAGCGAUGUAAAGGGGGACGAUGAGGAGGGGGACAGCGGCGAGGAACUCGCGCCUUUUGGCCACUCCCCACAGCCGAGUCAGGAUCGAACUGUUACAGAGUGUAAGACCACAUGCGACUCAGGGGUGGAUAAAAGAACAUACAAACCUACAGUCUUUAAUCUAAUGUCCAAAACUAUAUCUGAGCUCAACCCUACACUAAGCCCCAGCGCGCUGCCAGACAUCUCCAUGAGAGAUGGGUGGAGUUUGGGUGAGGAAUCUGACAGUGAUGGUGAACUUCUCUCCCCUGUUGACCCAGGACUUAUCUCACCAGGUGGCACCAACUCUAAUUCCAACAGCCCAAAGAAAAGGCCUCUUCCUGCAGUGAAAUACUUGGAAGGGGAUUUGGUGUGGGCAAAAUUCAACAGACGGCCCUGGUGGCCCUGUCAGAUCACAAGCGACCUGGAUCAGGGGAUUCACACUAAGAUGAAAGUUCCCAGUCCUCGUCCUUGCCGGAUGUAUUUCUUGGAGACGAUUGGCGAGAUUGUAGAGUCUUCCUGGGUCCCAGGGAACGUUAUUCUACCUUUUGAAGGAGGCCAUCAGUUUGAAGACCUUCCUGUUCUCAGGCGGCGAGGGAAGCAGAAGGAGAAAGACUACAAGUAUACGAUACCCAAAAGUUUGCUGACUGCGUGGAAAGUCAGUGUAGCAGAAGCUGAGUAUCUGCUCCCGGGUCGGCAAAGGAAAAGUGAAACUGUGCUGUCAGUGUCGGUCAAAGGAGAUGAACGUAUACCCAGCCCGCUCCCUAAUGAGAAGGCACACAAGAGCCCGUCUGUCUCUGUGGACUCCAGUGAACCUCCAGCAUCUUCUACAGCCUCCAAUGGAAACGAGCACCAUCUCAUCAAAAACUCUACAAAUCAAGGCAAUAACAAUAAAGCUCAGAAGAAGAAAAAGAAGUGUCUGUCAGACAUAUUUGGUCAUAUAGUCAGUGGAUCAAAGGAAUCCUCCACAGGCCAGCUUCACACAGCACCGCGUGCACUGAAAGAAGAGCCGAAGGACUCGCCUUAUGCUGACCUGGAUUCAGUUCCGAUGCUGCAUCGACCGAAACGCACAGCGCUGUCUCCAGUGCACAGUAUAGAGGUCCAAAGAGAAAAAAGUUCAACAAAGGCUAAAAAGAGUACAGAAAAAGUGAGCCGGGGUGCAGGCUCAUUUAGCAGCUUAAAAAACAAAAGGACAUCAAAAAACACAAAUUCUGGCCAGAGGUUGGACAGCUGUGUUGAAAGUGAAAAGACCUCGGUGGAUCUUCCUGCCAGCAGUGGCCUGAUGACGAGGGCUCUGCAGGUGGAGGAAGACACCGAUUUCAAAGAUGCAGUGGCCACGAGCCGCUUCUCAGCAGAAGCCUCUGCUGAUGAGUCUCCUGCUAAUACACCUACUAAUGCUUCCAUGAACACUGAAAUGUCUCCUACUCGGGAAUCCUCCUGCAGUGUAUCACUGUCUGUAAACCACAGCUCUCCAAAAAGGCGUGCAAGGAAGCUUGAUAAGAAGCUAAUUCGUAAUGGCUCAUGGAUUAAGUCCAAGUGUGUGGCCACGACUGAGUCCACUUUGCAACCUGUUAAGAUCAAGACAGAAAGCACUGUCAGGGAUAUCACAACCACUUCUCAGUCCUUGUCCCGGUCACCGAUGGAUUCCUUUCCAGAUAUCCAGGAAAUAAAGUUUAAAUCUCUUGCAAAGGAGGACAGCAGUGACUCUGAAACUGCUGCAUUUCGUACUGAUUCCAAUUAUAAAUUCAGUACUUUUCUGAUGCUUCUGAAAGACCUGCAUGAUACCAGGGAAAAAGAAGGCAAACCGCUGACAAUCCCUCCAUCACCUACUCUAAUCAAAGAGGAACCCCUAGUGAUCCCUGCUUCCACAGAUGUUGACACUCCCAAUGGUUCUUGUGAGGGAUUAACUCAUGGGGUCAAACUUGAAAAUGGCCAGUCACGCAAAUCCACAAUACCCCACAGGACAGAGGAAAGGACAAAGAUUAGGACUAAAGGCAUCACUGGAACUGACACCAACCACUGUGAAGACUCUCCUGUUCGUACUCUGCCUGGAAGCUCAGAAAAGCAACGUAGGAAACAAAGAUUACCCGCCAAACUUAAACUUAGCAUAUCUGGCCUUUCCUCCGACCUGGCCGACAUGGCUUACGGCAGGGAGUUUGUUAGCGGCCAUGCCGAUUUGGCCGAUUCGGGAUCGGUUCCUGUUGUCGCUGCCGAUCCUUCCACCAGCUACCUCGAUAGCAACUCAGAAGCCAUGUUGGCUCCAAAGAAGCGCUGGCAGGUGGUUGAGGAGGCUGCCGAGAGGAAGGGCGAACUCCUGAGUGAGGCGUCUGAUGAGAUGAUGGCAUCACCGGAUCUUGAACCGGGGGCUGAGAAGUGCACGGAGAGUGACUCGCAUUUGUCCGACGGAAGCAGCUCAGCCGAGAACAAACGCCUCCGGAAACCCACCAAACGUCUGUUGGAGUCGACCGAGGAGUACGAACAAAUAUUUGCCCCAAAAAAGAGAUCAAAGAAGCACUUGUCAGAAUCUUCCCAAAUGCAGACUUCAGGGAUUGCAGCACUCCACGACCUCAGCAUCACGUCAGAGACCGUUACCCCAGCCUCUCCAUCAGACGAGCCCGCCGAGGCUCCGGCAGAGUUGGAAAAGAGUCCGUCUCAGGACGAGCUUUCUCCUGCAGCACCUUCGGUAGCUUCAGUCACGACACAGCCCCCCUUUGACCCGGACACCCCAGAGGAAACUGAUCUACCUCCUGAACCAGAGACGGAAUUGUUAAUCCAAGAAAGAAAGAGGCCGAGAAAGCUGUCGCACAAGGUGCUGGACUGUAACAUAGAAGAGGUGCCUGCUGCUCCUGCAAAGAAGAAGGAGCAAAAACGUCACAGUGCAAUUACGUCAGAGGCGAAGGUGUUGGUGAAGAAAAGACAGUUGGGAUUUGUGAAGAACAACAAGCCCAUGUUCAGCACAUCCUCUUCUCCUGCUGCUGCUUCUGCUGCCUCCAAGCCCCCAGAGAGCAGAUCUCCAAGCCCCAAAGGAUCCAAGACCCCUAAUCAGGAGGCUGAGGUGGAGGCCUGCAGCACCGAGGAGAAACAAAACACUGGAACACUAACUCCCAAAGCCGAGGUGCUGCCGGCCGGCUGGAAUGACAGUCUGUCCUCACAGGUGGAUGUAAAAGGCAAAAUAGGAGCUGCAUCCUUGAAGGAGAGUGUCUGUCAGGUGUGCGAGAGGACGGGAGACCUGCUGGUGUGUGAAGGCCACUGUUACGGAGCUUUUCAUCUACAGUGCAUUGGCCUGUCGGCGCCUCCGAAGGGAAAAUUCCUCUGUCGCGAAUGCAACGCUGGCGUUCACGCGUGCUUCGUGUGCAAGAAGUCCGGAGAUGGGGUGAAGCGCUGCAUAAUCCCGCUUUGUGGGAAAUUCUACCACACGGACUGUAUAAUGGCCUACUCGGCCACCCAGCCUCACAACAAAGGCUUCCGCUGCCCCCUGCAUGUGUGCCUGUCCUGCCACAUUACCAAUCCCCUCAACAUCUGCAGCUCUAAAGGUCGGUUGGCUCGAUGCGUUCGCUGUCCCGUCGCCUAUCACGGCAACGACAACUGCAUGGCAGCGGGCAGCUUGGUGCUGGCGAACAACAGCUUCCUCUGUCCGAACCACUUCACUCCUCGCAAAGGCUGCAAGAACCACGAGCACAUCAAUGUUAGCUGGUGCUUUGUCUGCUCUGAAGGGGGCAGUCUGCUGUGCUGUGAAGCCUGUCCUGCUGCUUUCCAUCGGGAAUGCUUGAAUAUGGAGAUGCCACAGGGUAGCUGGUUCUGCAACGACUGCAAAGCUGGAAAGAAGCCCCGUAUUAAGGACAUCCUGUGGGUCAAGUGGGGGCGUUACAGGUGGUGGCCUGCUGAAGUCUGCCUGACCAAAGAGGUCCCAAAUAACAUCUUAAGGAUGAAACACGAGGUGGGAGAGUUCCCGGUGCAGUUCUUUGGCUCCAAAGAUUUCGUGUGGACAUACCAGGCCAGAGUGUUCCCCUACAUGGAGGGCGAUACUCACAAUAUUGAAAAAAUGGGCAAGGGUGCAGAUGCAGUGUACAAAAAGGCACUGAAUGAAGCGGCCGAGCGUUUCAAAGAGCUUCAGGCAGAAAAGGAGCUGAAGCAGCUUCAGGAGGACAGAAAGAAUGACAAGAAGCCUCCUCCAUACAGACACAUUAGGGUAAACCGGCCGAUCGGGAAGGUGCAGAUUAUCACCGCUGACCUCUCGGAGGUUCCACGAUGUAACUGCAAGGCGCUUGACGAGAACCCGUGCGGCAUCGACUCUGAGUGCAUUAACCGUAUGCUGAUGUACGAGUGUCACCCUCAGGUGUGCGCGGCAGGGGACCGAUGCCAAAAUCAAUCUUUCACAAAGCGCCAGUACACACCUGUGGAGAUUUUCAGGACUCUGUCCUGCGGCUGGGGUAUGCGCGGCUUGUCGGACAUCAGGAAGGGAGCUUUUAUCAGUGAAUACGUGGGCGAGGUGAUAGAUGAAGAAGAAUGCCGCGCCAGGAUCAGGCACGCUCAGGAGAACGACAUCUGCAACUUCUACAUGCUUACACUGGACAAAGAUCGCAUCAUUGACGCGGGGCCCAAAGGCAACCAGGCUCGCUUCAUGAACCACAGCUGCCAGCCAAACUGUGAGACUCAGAAGUGGACUGUGAAUGGGGACACCAGAGUGGGGCUGUUUGCUUUACAAGACAUCCCAAAAGGUGAGGAGCUGACUUUCAACUACAACCUGGAGUGUCGUGGCAAUGGGAAGACCGCCUGUAAAUGUGGAGCACCCAACUGUAGCGGUUUCCUGGGUGUCCGGCCAAAGAACCAGCCAGCAGCUGAGAAAAUGAAACCUAAGGAAGGAAAACGGAAGGGCACUAUGAAGAAGAAGACCAAGCAAGAGGUGACCAAGGAGAGGGAAGAUGAGUGCUUCAGCUGUGGUGACGGGGGUCAGAUAGUUUCCUGUAAGAAGCCGGGCUGCCCAAAGGUCUAUCAUGCUGACUGCCUCAACCUGGCCAAGAGGCCUGCAGGCCGAUGGGAGUGUCCAUGGCACCAGUGUGACGUAUGUGGCAAAGAGGCGGCUUCAUUCUGCGAGAUGUGCCCCAACUCGUACUGUAAGGAGCACAGAGAAGGCAUGCUCUUCAUCUCCAAGCUGGACGGAAAAUUGUCCUGCAGCGAGCACGACCCUUGUGGGCCCGACCCGCUAGAGCCAGGGGAGAUACGCGAAUACAUGCCCAACACGACCUCCAUGAGGCCUGGGGCUGUUGAUGCGCCCGUCGCCCCUUCUUUUGUCCCGGUCACCAGACGAGUGGCUCCUUCCGCUCCCGUCUCUGCCCCGGCCAGCCAAGCGACUUCAUCGAGGCAAGCGCCUCCUCCUCGUCUCUACAUCAACACCAAGACUGCUACCUCAAGCUUCGUCCCCUCCGGCAGGUCCUACCUCACGGGCAGAACUGACGAGAAAGCUCUCUCCACUCCUGCCUCCUCCGAGGCAGAGAGGGAGGACGGGGAGGUGGAGGAUGGGGAGGUGUGCGGGUUGGACGUGGACGGUGUGGAAGACGACGAUGAAGAAGACGAAGAUGAAGAAGAGGGCGAUGAGGAAGAGAAUGAUAUGGAGGAGAUGGAGAUAGUAGAGGACGAGGAGGAUGAGCCACUGUAUGGAGGAAAUCUGCCAGAGGAUGAUGAUGAGGAGGACGAGGGCGGGGACGAGUAUGACACUUGGGGUGAUUAUGUGGAGGAAGACGACGGAGAGGUGGAGGGCGAGGACUCGGAGGACUGGGGGAGAGUGGAGGAUGAUGACAAGUGACUGUUCAUCCUGUCCUUCCUUAUAUCUCAGCAGCAAAACUCAGUAGACAUUGAAAGGCCUGAAAGAGUUUCAUAUUUUGGUACCUACUUGAAUGCAACACUGCCUUCACUUUGGUACAACAUUGCCUUCUCAUCUGCACACCGCUGGACUGACAGCAGGGAUGAGUACUGGUGCUAAGGCUUCGACGGCUGCUUCACUCAGCCCCUUUCUACUUCUGUUGAUAUGUAUGUGUCUGGUGCUGUUUUGUUCUCUUGUUGUUUCUCUUAACAAUGUUUACAUUAUUUGGCCUUUUUUUUUUUUUUUUUUAAGAAAAAAAAAAACUGUUUGGAAUAUAAGAAAAAAGGUGGGAAGCUUCACCUGACCAAACUGUCAUCUUAAGGGCAUCUUAUGUUGUUGUCACUGUCUUAACUUUGUCUUUCCAAUCAGAGGAGUCCUCAAAACAUUGUUCUCACAUGUCCGUGUUACAGUUAGGCAGAGGGAGUACCUGCCUGGUGCUUGUGACGAAUGCAGAAAUGAACCCACUGGAGUCUUCUUGCUAUAAAUGAUCUUCUCACAACAAAAA